GAACCCUGAGCAUCGGCUGGAAGACAAAAUACAAUAUGCGUGAGUGCAUUUCCGUUCAUGUUGGCCAAGCUGGAGCACAGAUUGGUAAUGCAUGCUGGGAGCUUUACUGUCUAGAGCACGGUAUCCAGCCGGAUGGACAGAUGCCCAGUGAUAAGACAAAAGGAGGAGGAGAUGAUUCCUUCAACACCUUCUUCAGUGAGACGGCUUCAGGAAAACAUGUUCCACGUGCCAUCUUUGUUGAUCUGGAACCCACUGUGAUUGAUGAAGUACGGACCGGCACCUACCGCCACCUCUUUCACCCAGAACAACUCAUCACUGGAAAAGAGGACGCCGCCAAUAACUAUGCCAGGGGACAUUACACCAUUGGCAAGGAGAUCAUUGAUUCAGUUCUGGAUCGUAUGCGCAAACUGCGUGAGUGUAUCUCUAUGCAUGUUGGCCAAGCUGGGGCCCAAAUGGGAAAUGCAUGCUGGGAGCUUUACUGUCUGGAGCACGGUAUUCAGCCAGAUGGACAGAUGCCCAGUGAUAAGACAAUAGGAGGAGGAGAUGAUUCCUUCAACACCUUCUUCAGUGAGACUGGAGCAGGGAAACAUGUUCCACGUGCCAUCUUUGUUGAUCUGGAACCCACUGUGAUUGAUGAGGUGCGCACAGGCAUAUAUCGCCAGCUGUUCCAUCCUGAGCAGCUAAUUACUGGCAAAGAAGAUGCUGCCAAUAACUAUGCCCGUGGUCAUUACACCAUUGGUAAAGAGAUCAUUGACCUAGUGCUGGACAGGACCCGCAAACUGGCUGAUCAGUGCACUGGCCUUCAAGGAUUUCUCAUCUUCCACAGCUUUGGUGGAGGUACUGGCUCUGGCUUCACCUCUCUGCUGAUGGAGCGCCUCUCUGUCGACUACGGCAAGAAGUCCAAGCUCGAGUUUGCCAUCUAUCCUGCUCCUCAAGUGUCCACAGCGGUGGUGGAGCCCUACAACUCCAUCCUGACCACCCACACCACCCUGGAGCACUCUGACUGUGCCUUCAUGGUGGACAAUGAAGCCAUCUAUGACAUCUGUCGUAAAAACCUGGACAUCGAGCGUCCGUCUUACACCAACCUCAACAGGCUCAUUGGGCAGAUCGUGUCCUCCAUCACGGCCUCGCUGAGAUUUGACGGAGCUCUGAAUGUGGAUCUCACCGAGUUCCAAACCAACUUGGUGCCCUACCCACGUAUUCAUUUCCCUCUGGCUACAUACGCUCCUGUGAUCUCUGCUGAAAAGGCGUAUCAUGAGCAGCUCUCUGUGGCUGACAUAACCAACGCCUGCUUUGAGCCGUCUAAUCAGAUGGUAAAGUGUGAUCCUCGUCAUGGUAAAUACAUGGCCUGCUGCCUUCUGUAUCGUGGAGAUGUGGUGCCCAAAGACGUCAAUUCUGCCAUCGCUGCCAUUAAGACCAAACGCACCAUCCAGUUUGUUGACUGGUGUCCCACUGGAUUCAAAGUAGGUAUCAACUAUCAGCCUCCAACUGUGGUUCCUGGGGGAGAUCUGGCCAAAGUUCAGAGAGCCGUCUGCAUGCUGAGCAACACUACAGCCAUUGCUGAGGCCUGGGCUCGUCUAGACCACAAGUUUGACCUGAUGUACGCCAAGAGAGCAUUCGUGCACUGGUAUGUGGGUGAAGGAAUGGAGGAAGGAGAGUUCUCAGAGGCCAGAGAAGAUAUGGCAGCUCUGGAGAAAGAUUAUGAAGAAGUCGGCACCGACAGCGUCGGAGAUGAGGACGAAGAGGGAGAAGAAUAUUAAAGAGGCAGAAUUAAUGCCUGGCAAAAUUAAAUCUGAUUUUUGCAAAACACAAAGUUACUUGAAAUUCAAUUUGCAUUACAAUUGGUUUUACAUUAAUAAAAUUUGAAUAAUAAAAGGUAGAAUUUA